AUGUUGAAUAUUAAAUCCACGUCGCGACCGGUUGACAUCGCAGUCUUCGGAGCGACUGGCUUCACAGGUUCUCUGAUUGUUGCAUACCUUGCGUAUAAUUAUUCGCAACUUAACAUCACUCUUGUUGGUAGGGACAAAAUACGUCUGAAUGUUCUCGCUAGGCGACAUCAGAAUGCAGACUUUGAUGUGGUAAGAACACCCCUCGUCCGUGUUUGCAUCGCUUGUGGCACUCACUACUGUGAUAUCACUGGAGAAACUCCCUGGGUCGCUCGAGAUCUCCUUCUCCUUCACGAGAAAGCGAAAAUGAACAAAACUUUCAUCGUCAACUUUUGUGGUUUUGACUCCCAGCCGGCCGACCUCCUCGUUGGUUUCGCCGAGAAAAUCCUAAAGGCUCCAUUGUCGAGCGCUGAAGCAUUCGUGUCGAUGCGAGGGACGUUUAGUGGGGGGACUCUCCAGUCGGGGAUUGCCAUGGCCGGCGUUCCUGAGGCAUCCGAUCUCUAUUGCCUAGGUGGAGGACCGUCUACUACGUCGUCAUCAGUUGAAGUUGAUGAUCAUCCGGUUUGUCCCAGUGAAACGCUCGGGUGUUGGCUGGCGCCAUUCGGGAUGGCUUCUAUCAAUACGAGAGUGGUUCGUCGAACUGCCAGUUUAAAAGGGCAGCGUUUUUCCUAUGGGGAAGCUCUGUGCGUUUCUGAUGAAAAAAGUGCAAAAAAGCAAACCAUUGUUGCUAGUCCGAAGGUUCGUCAAUCACUGAUCGAAAUGGGCAAGCUGCCUAAGCCGGGACAAGGUCCAGAUCCUCUUCUUCGCACACGGUCGUGGUUUAAAUACGUCGUUCAUGCUACUAGUGUGUCGGGGGCAAAUCUUUGGUUGCAACUAAGUGGUGGUGAUCCCGGUUACGACGAAACAGCUUUGAUGGUCUCCGAAGCCGCUGUAGGGCUUCUUGAAAAUGAAGGUGUUGACGGCCAUUGGGGAGUUGUUACGCCGGGUUAUGCUUUUGAUCCGGAAAAGAUGAUAAAACGGCUAAGAUCGGCGAAGUUGGACUCGGGGUUGGUCUUGGCGGAUGGGGACCAUGUUGGUGAUGACAACGAAUUUGACGCUGAUUUUCUGGCCUUUCGCCGAACUCUGCUGAAGACCAUCAAGAAUUUCCUCGCGGAGAUCGCCGCGAUGGCCGUUCGUCAGGCCAAGCGACGUGUGCAAGAAGUACGUCGACGUAGACUCAUUCAUAGCACUGGAGAGGGAGGGGGCAGUCCUCAGGCUCUGGUCGCCAUCACUGGUCAGUGA